AUGUUGCUCGACGUUGUCCUAUCAAUAAUUCUUGUCGGCUUUCUCAACUACCAGUUCGAAGCCGCUUUUCGAAUGUCGUUCUAUGGAGAUGUACAGGCGAGACGGGACACUCAACGUAUGCAGAUUGUUCGAGAUCAAGCGGAUUGGUUGCUCAACAACGUCAUUCCAGCGCAUGCAGUUGAAAGUCUCAAAACGGACACUAAAUACAGUGAGAAUCAUGAGUCAACGGCAGUGCUGUUUGCCAGUAUCACGAACUGGAAUGACAUGUAUGAAGAAAAUUUCGAAGGAGGACGUGAAUUCUUGAGAGUUCUGAAUGAGGUGAUUGGAGACUUUGACGAGCUCCUUGACCGGCCAGAAUUCUGUCAUAUAGAAAAGAUUAAAACUAUAGGAGCAGCAUAUAUGGCAGCCAGUGGUCUGAAUCCGGAGCGAAAACGAAAUAUGGAACACCCGAAAGAACAUCUCUACCAGGUAUGUUCAUAUCGCACCACAGCCAUCUGA